AUGACCACCACUGUCGAGACCACAAGCAGCUCGUCGCUUUCUGUUUCACUUCAGCUCCAAACGUCUGAGGAUUCGACCGCCAUCGCCAUGGGCGAUUUUGAGUAUCCGUACCGCAUACCAGAUAUCAAAGAUCCUUACAUCAAGAGAGACUGGCUGUUGAACCAAAUGGCUGGUGCGUUCAGGAUAUUUGCAAGAAAAGGCUUCAACGAAGGCCCUGCAGGUCAUAUAUCCGUUCGAGACCCGAUCGAGCCAAACACGUUCUGGAUAAAUCCACUAGGAGUUCACUUUUCUCUUCUCACCCCUAAAGACAUGGUCAGAGUUGACGAGCACGGAAAUUAUGUUGACGGAAACAAAGCCCCGAUUAAUCGUGCUGGCUUUAAGAUUCACUCUGCUGUGCACAAGGCACGGCCAGACUUGAACGUCGCAUGCCAUGUUCAUUCUGUCUGGGGAAAGGCUUUUUCGGCACUGGGGAAAAAACUCGACAUGCUGAACCAAGACGCAUGUAUUUUCUACAAGAACCACGAUGUCUACCGAAACUUUGGCGGAGUGGCAGUGGAAACCGAAGAGGGAGAAAACAUCGCCAAGGCUUUUGGGCCUACCAAUAGAGCCAUGAUCUUACAAAACCAUGGGCUCAUCACAGCUGGAUCCAAUGUUGGAGAAGCCUGCUAUUUGCUGUGCUUGAUGGAUAAAGCCUGUGAAACCCAGAUCAAGACAGACUCAGUCUACGCUUCAGGACUUUAUGACAGAAUUGUUAUCCCUGAUAAUGAGGCAUCCUUUACCUACAGAGUAACUGCCACUUCCGCUAACCUUUAUGCCUCUUUUUGCAGCGAUUACGAACUUGAAGUUCAGCUUUCCGAGGGAGUUCUAAAAUCCAUGACUUCUUAUCAUAAGUAG